CGAGAGUGUCAACAUGCAAGAUGGCGGCGCAUCACAGGCAGAACACGGCGGGGCGGCGGAAAGUGCAGGUGUCUUACGUUAUUAGAGAUGAGGUAGAGAAAUGUAACCGGAAUGGGGUCAACGCUCUUCAGUUGGAUUCAGCGCUAAACCGACUCUUCACUGCUGGGAGAGACUCCAUCAUUAGAAUAUGGAGCGUCAGCCAGCACAAGCAAGAUCCCUACAUAGCAUCCAUGGAGCACCACACCGAUUGGGUAAACGAUAUUGUACUUUGUUGUAAUGGGAAAACAUUAAUAUCCGCUUCCUCUGAUACAACAGUGAAAGUGUGGAAUGCCCAUAAGGGAUUUUGCAUGUCAACAUUGAGGACACAUAAGGAUUAUGUGAAGGCCUUAGCCUAUGCCAAGGAAAAGGAACUGGUGGCUUCUGCUGGGCUGGACAGACAGAUCUUCCUCUGGGACGUCAAUACUCUCACAGCGCUGACUGCCUCGAACAACACUGUUACAACUUCUUCUCUGAGUGGGAACAAAGAUUCCAUUUAUAGCCUUGCAAUGAAUCAGCUGGGAACAAUCAUUGUAUCCGGGUCCACGGAGAAGGUUUUGAGGGUUUGGGAUCCAAGAACGUGUGCCAAGCUCAUGAAACUUAAAGGGCACACGGACAACGUGAAAGCUUUGCUGCUCAACAGAGAUGGGACUCAGUGCCUUUCUGGCAGUUCUGAUGGAACUAUCCGCCUCUGGUCCCUUGGACAACAGAGAUGUAUAGCAACCUAUCGAGUACAUGAUGAGGGAGUGUGGGCUUUACAGGUCAAUGAAGCCUUUACUCAUGUGUAUUCUGGAGGAAGAGACCGAAAGAUUUACUGUACGGAUUUGAGAAAUCCCGAUAUACGGGUCUUGAUUUGUGAAGAGAAAGCCCCUGUUCUCAAGAUGGAGCUUGAUAGGUCAGCUGAUCCUCCACCUGCAAUUUGGGUCGCAACAACAAAGUCUUCAGUGAAUAAAUGGACUUUGAAGGGAAUUCAUAAUUUUAGAGCUUCUGGAGAUUACGACAAUGACUGUAACAAUCCUAUAGCACCCCUUUGUACACAGCCUGAUCAAGUUAUUAAAGGAGGUGCCAGUAUUAUUCAGUGCCACAUUCUUAAUGAUAAGAGGCAUCUAUUAACCAAAGACACCAACAACAAUGUGGCAUAUUGGGAUGUACUAAAGGCAUGUAAAGUUGAAGAUCUUGGCAAAGUGGAUUUUGAAGAAGAAAUUAAGAAAAGAUUUAAAAUGGUGUAUGUGCCAAAUUGGUUCUCAGUUGAUUUAAAAACUGGGAUGUUGACAAUUACACUGGAUGAGAGUGACUGCUUUGCUGCUUGGGUUUCAGCAAAAGAUGCUGGUUUUAGCAGCCCAGAUGGGUCAGAUCCAAAAUUGAACUUGGGAGGGCUUUUACUGCAAGCUCUCCUAGAGUAUUGGCCCAGAACCCAUGUUAAUCCAAUGGAUGAAGAGGAAAAUGAGAUAAACCAUGAUUACCCAAAGCCGGCAAGAAGGGCUAACACAUUUGGAGGACAGGAUCCAGGUGAAAAAAAGGACUGGCCAGGCGAGACUGUGAAUGGCGAGCAGGAGAAUCGAGUCCAGAAGGGGAAUGGCUACUUCCAGGUCCCUCCACACACCCCAGUGAUCUUUGGCGAGGCUGGAGGCCGUACCCUGUUCAGGUUGCUGUGUCGGGAUUCUGGAGGGGAGACUGAGUCGAUGCUGCUUAACGAGACAGUGCCCCAGUGGGUGAUUGACAUCACUGUGGAUAAAAAUAUGCCCAAAUUCAACAAAAUUCCCUUCUACCUCCAACCUCACUCAUCUUCAGGGGCAAAAACCUUAAAGAAAGAUAGACUGUCUGCCAGUGACAUGCUCCAAGUCAGGAAGGUGAUGGAGCAUGUUUACGAGAAAAUCAUAAAUUUGGACAGUGAAUCUCAGACCACCAGCUCAUCAAAUAAUGAAAAAACUGGAGAGCAGGAGAAAGAAGAGGACAUCGCCUUACUGGCAGAGGAGAAAAUUGAACUCUUGUGCCAGGACCAAGUUUUGGACCCAAAUAUGGACCUUCGAACAGUAAAACACUUCAUAUGGAAGAGUGGCGGUGACCUCACCCUCCAUUACCGCCAGAAGUCCACGUGAGGCCAUGAGGGCGAACACUCCUGGGUAUUCAUUUACUGACCUUCCUCUUGUGGUCCUGAGAGUAGUACUACCUAGUGAAGCCCACUGAACCCCCACAGUAGCGAGACUUCUAAGGAUCGAUUCGGUACGGACCGAGAUUACCCCUUUACCUGAAGUGACUAAUAGAGAUGUAAUAUAGCAACACAGUCUUUGCGGCCUAGACUCCAGUCUGUCCCAAGGGAGGCAGCGUGCGCAGGUGGAGGGAGGGGUGCGAGGAGCGCCUGCCAGGGACUCAUCUUCGUCUCUUCAUGCUUGUUAGGAGACACUUGAGGGCCAUAUCUGUCACUGUGUUCCAAAUGUAAUUCAGACCUGCACGAUGUCUCGUCUUUUUUUUUAAAGCACAUUCCAUUCAGAGAGCACCUGCAAUGACCUUUCAAGCUGGUCAUUCAAAAAAAAUCAAAUCAUUUUCACUAAAGACAAGAUCUUUUUUUAAAAUGGGGAAACACCUUUGCACCCUUGAGGGCAGCCCAUGUAAUUACAAAAUGGAGGGUCAAUAUUAGACUUGUUUUUUAAUACUGUACUUCAGAUGUGUUCCUGUAGAAAGAUCUGUUGGAAUUCAGAAAUCCUGAGUCAGAACACUCCAGAAACACGGUUGCAGGGUCAGUCCAGUGAUGCUGGGCCUCAUAAUGGAGUCAACACACUUUUCAGCAGGAUGUAAUUAAAACUUAGCCGUCUUGUUUCUUCCUUCCUGCACCGUGUCCAGUUGUAACUCUCGCCAGCUGAAAUUCAGGUUACAGCUCCAGGUGGAAACCCGAACUUUGUUAAAAUUUAAGAGCAUUCUGAAAUUUUAGCUUCAUUUAAAUGUCACCUAGAAUUUAUGUCGGAGUAAAGAAAUAUCAUAGCAGAUUAAUUUGAUGUUCAUAAUCUGAAAGUAGUUAUUUGUUUUUCCAGAGUUUUAUAUGCAUUUUUUGUUGUUAUACCUAGAUCUUCUUUUCACUGUUCUUUCUAAUGAUCUAAAGCUUUCAUACGGUCAGUCAUCUGGGUCUUGUAUAGAGUUAACUUAUUGGGGAAAAAACAUUUCAACUUUUGGCAGGGAAAAAAAACGUAACUUUGGCUUCUCCCCAAAGGCUGUUUGUAUGCAGAACAGAUCCGAGGUCCACCCCAACUGCCCCAAGCCAGAAGCACAAGUGCCUUUGGAGGGUGGUUUGUUCCUGGCCUUGCCCCCGCCCCUCCUGUAGGGGAGGGGGAGGGGAGGGUGUUGGGGAAGGGGGUGGGGCAGCAGACCACUCGGGCCACAAGGUGCAGGUUCACACUCCUGCAAGGACUGAGCUCUCUCACUCCCAUCAGGCGUCAUUUGGAAAGCAGCCAGCUCAUGCCUCCUGCCCUCGCAGGAGCUAAACAGACACACCGUGCUCCCUCUCCAGGCCACUCGGAUGUGCUCCUCGGGGUAUUCGGUGUGAUGCCUCGUGUGCCGUGGUGGCACAUUUUUAGCAAUGUUUGUGAAUUAAACGGAAAAAAUAAAUGCCAUGGGAAGUCGUCAGUUGGCUCCUGAUCCUAAAUCCUCUUGGCAGGAGGGGCCGCUCUCCUGUUGGAAGGGAGUUCUUCCAGAUCCUAUGGGGGCCGAAGUCUUACAGCCGCUGCUUCCUGGUUACUUUCAUGGACCUAAAUUCCACCAGGGUUCUCUUUCAUUCCCCUCCCUCCCUUCCUUUUCCUUCUAACCAACUCAGUAAUGCAAUUUCAGGAAAGUUUGACAGAGUCUGCAAUGCCAAAAGGGUAAAUAAUCUGUAUUUCACAGUUGUAUAGAAUAAAAGGCUUUAGUUAAAAUA